GCCCCGCAGCGUCUCACAUUUUCCAACUUUGCGAUGACGACUGGAUGCACGAGGAGCAAUAAAUAAUAUAUUUGCAGCAUUGGCGGUAUUGUUUUCUUUCGAUUCUCGGCUUGAUUAGAACUUUCUUCGCCUUUUUUGAUUGCGGACUGCUUUUUGCGCCAUGGCUGGCUACGAGGACACAAGCAGGCCACUCCUCGGGCCAAUGUCGAGCGGCGACAAUCAGACGUAUGGCUCCUUUGGCUCCGCGUCGACACAAUGCGGGAGCAGCAGCAUAAGUCCCAGCAGCAGCUCCCCAAUAAUACCACCAAAACGACAACAGAGGCACCGCAGAUACGACUACAGCGACGAUGACGAUGACGACAACGGCGAGGACUACUGGCUCGCCAACGACAGGUCCAGCAUCGCAGACAUUGAUCUGGAAAUGAACACGUCCGCCGAAAAGCGGCACUCGCUACUCACCACCACAGGCUGGCGACAGCCACCAUCAGCAGCAACAAUAACAACAAGCACAUCCGCCGCCACGCAGAUCCUAACAACCCUGAUCCCGGGCAUUUCCUGGCUGCGCAGCUACUCGGCCUCCUCCGUCAUCCCCGACCUCAUGGGCGCCUUGACGGUAGCAUCGCUUUACAUUCCGCUUGCCUUUUCCUUCGCCUCGGUCGCCAACGUCCCGCCCGCAAGCAGCUUGUACGCCUUUGUCUUCCAUCCGCCUGUCUACGCCCUCCUGGGUACGUGUCCGCUCAUGGUAACUGGCCCGGAGGCCACAGGGUCGCUGCUUGUCGGCGCGGCGAUCCAUGCGCUCGGUGGCAGUAGCGGGGGCGAGGAAGAAGAUCCGGCAACGAAUGCGCUCAUUGCGGGCGCCGCGACCGCGCUGGCCGGUCUGAUUCUCCUGGCCAUGGGCUUUUUGCGGCUGGGGUUUCUGGACAACAUGCUGAGCAGGCCGCUCAUGAAGGGGUUCAUCUGUGGUGUGGGCGUGGUCCUGGUUGUGAAGCAGGCCGUGCCUGGGCUUGGGCUGCAGGAUGUGUUGCGGGAGGCCAUGGGUGCGUCUGAUACCACUCCUGGCAGUGGUGAAAAGGGAGGCGCCGCGUCUGCGCUGGAUAUACUGCUCACGCUGCUGGGUAGUGUGACGCAGGUCGAUCUUCUGGCGGCAGUGUUCUCCGUGGGGACGCUGGGGUUCGUGCUGGUGUGCGCACACAUCAAGAAGGCCCAUGUCAAAACCCUCCCCAGCAUCGUGUACAUACCCGAUCGCUUCAUUGCCAUCGUCGUGUCCGCGGUGGUGGUGUACCUCUUUGAUCUCGAAUCGCACGGUCUCGAGAUCGUUGGCGCGGCCGGCAGCUCGAGACCAGGCCUGCCGACCUUUAACGCCGGGUUAGUCACGGAUUUCGACCGGCUAAAGUCCGUGGGCAAUACGGCCCUUAUGAUCGCCAUGCUGGGAUAUUUUGAGUCCUCAGUCACAGGGAAGAGCAUGGGCCGGCCAGCCACUGCUACGACUGCUGUUCCCCCGUUACCAACAAGCGAUAACAGCGAUGGAUCCCCCGCUCCCCGCCACCAUCAAGUCAUCACCAGCAACAAGAACAAGACGCGUGCAACAACCACGCAUCGCCGACACCUCGGCAGCAGCACCGCCGGGCACUCAAGCCACGCUCAAGCACGAGGACCCCACCAGACCAGGCCCCAAGCCCAGCCUUUGCCGCCGUCGUCGCCGCCCUCUGCCGACCGCGAGCUGGUCGCCCUCGGCGCGGCCAACGUCCUGGGCGGCUUCUUCUCGACGCUGCCCGCGUUCGGCGGCUUCGGGCGCUCCAAGCUCAACCUGCAGGCCGGCUCGCAGACGCCCAUGUCGGGCGUGUUCCUCGCGCUCAUCACUUUCCUGGCCAUCCUCUUCGUCACGCCCCUGCUGUACUUUGUCCCGCGGGCCACCCUGGCCGCCAUGUCGUGCGCAGUGGGCAUCGCCAUGGUCGAGGAGUGCGCGCACGACGCCGUCUUCUUCGUCCGGGCCAGGGCGUGGAGGGAGGUCGCGCUGAUGGGCAGCGUGGCCGGGGUCAUCUUUGUCCGGGGCAUGGAUGUCGGUGUCGUGGUGGGGCUGGGUGUUGCGGUCGUGAUGCUGGUCAAGGGCGCGAGUGGUGUGAGUGCUGAUGUCGUCGUGCCUGAGGCGUGGGUCACAACGAGCAGCAGCAGCGGCAGCCAUCACAAAGUUGGCUUCCACAUGGACCACCAGGUCGUGCUCAACGUCCGGGGCACUCUGAGCUUUGUCAACGCGGCUGCCCUGGUUGCACGGAUUGACGAGGCUGCUGGCGGAGCGGGUGCCAGCGGCCCGGCCAUCCUUGUUCUUGACAUGCUGGGAGUCACUCGCGCCGAUGCUUGUUGUGGACAGCUUCUCGUCGAGGCACUGCAGCGUCAUGCUGGGGGCGGGCUUGCGGUGGUGGUUGUCUGCAGCCCCGAGGCGGAAAAUGUGUUGCGGACCAUGAAGAGAUGCGGGCUGUUGGAAAUCGGCCAAGGGGUCAGGUUAGCCAGUGAUCACGACGAGGCGAUGGAGAUGGUGUCUGAGAUGGUGUUGCGGGGGAGGCCCCAGUCAUUAUUAGCAUGAGAAUCGCGAGAAGACGAUUGGUCCUUCGACAUUAUAGACGAGCAUCGCGCAGCUUGGGAUUUCUCUGUUUCUAUCAGCAAGCGAGCGAUAUACCCUUACUUCAUUCCGAAUAAGAACAUUGAUUAGUUCAAGUGGAUAAGACUUUGGAGGUACGAGAAAGGUGGAGCAGUUCUUGACAGUAAUUCUAUGAUUCACGUUGAAGGCUGGUCUUGUUCGCUUAGUUGCUCCUCUCGUUGAGUCGAGAGCUGGUAGUGUGGCCACAGAAAUGUUGUUCUCAUAACAUAUGAUGGAUC